AUGCAGUAUAGUCUGACCUCCACGUAGAAUGGUUGCGUCAUGUGGCGGCCGUCAUUCUCGAGUGAGUAUGACAACACCCCCGUUGAAAAAGCCUCCGGAUCAAUAGUCAUGGAGCCGAAAUGCGACUCAAACCUGACAAGCUUUCAAUUUCGAAGCUGCCAACUCCUGUCUCGACAGGCUUUCGGAUUCUGGAAAGUGGAGAUCCUCCUCAAUGCGUUGUCGGCCAUGAAGGCUCCUGUAGACCUUGUUUGUGUCCGAUGUCCUGCAGAUGUGCGGCAUCGCGCGGGAUACUCUCCGAAGCACAACCGGAUUUGGAUGUGUGCCAACCGGUUUUGGAAUCCUUUCGAGUUCCGAAGAGUGCUCGUCCACGAACUGACGCAUGCCUUUGACUUUGCCCGUGCCAAAGUUGACACUGGAUCUUGCGUACAUAUAGCAUGCACCGAAAUUCGAGCUUGGAACUUGAGCGGGGAGUGUGACUUAUGGCGGAACUCCUUCAAGUACUUUGGCGAGGAGAUGAUCAAUCGAAAGCAGCGAUGUGUGCGGGAUGGCGCGGUUGCAUCACUGUUGGAGAACGAGCGCUGCCAGGAUACAUAUGUGGCGCACGCAGCCCUUGAGGAGGCAUGGCCUCAGUGCUGGAGGGACUAUUGGCCCUUUACAACAAAGCCGGACUUGGACACACGUUGGCGACAGUCUCCAAUGCUUCGAUAGCAGUGAUCCGGGCACCUGUUGAAAAAGGUCGAAUACAGCUCAGCUCGGAAUUCCGGCAGUUGCAUGCUCUAGAUCAUAGAAUUGUGUGUAUAUGCACCAUUAGUUUCACGCAAAGGAAGUUGCUAACUUGCCAGUAUCGAGAGUUCCC